GAAAAGGGAAGACGAGAGAAGUUAAAAAAUAUUUGGACAAGGAAGUGUUGUAAUGUGAAAGGUGAUGGAGGCGUUAGCACAAAAAAGAAAUGCAUCGAAGACGGCAGCUGCAACUUUCGAGGCAGACGAGUAAUCGAGUUAGACGUCCUGGCCCUGGAUAGUGGUUGCAGAGCGUGUGGAAAAGCACUUCAGCUACCAAACUGCCAUGAUGAGACUAUCUCUGGGUUGGGUAGUUUUUUGUAUAUUAUGUGCAGCGAUCCGGAAUGUGGAGAGGUAAAUGCGUGAACCACAAACAUCGCAUCGUGCCGCCGGUGCUGGUCGCGGCCGACCAAUUUUUCAUAAAAAGACCAAACUUGCCACAGGUAGGUAUAUUUAUUUGAUUAGCAGCUUUUAUCCGAACAUUUUUCCGAGCUUCAUCAUAAUUUAACAAUCAUAAUACCGUGUAAUAACUAACUUUUAAAUGUACAUGUACUGUGUUUAUGUGCAGGAAUGUUACACGCCGGUAUGUAAACGCACUGCUCACGUCGAUAAACCUUCCAGCCGUGGGACAAAACACUCUGAAGGCCAGAGAAAGAGAAGUUGGCGCAGCGAUUGAGACUGUUGCAAGGAAUUCAUGUUUAGAAGGAUUACAGUUGGAGAAAGAUUGUCGGAGGACCGUGGACACAGAGCAAGUUGUAAAAAUCGGGGUAUCGUACGACAUGAGUACGCAGAAGAGGGGAAAGGGCCACAAUAGUUUGACAGGUUAG